AUGGAGAUCCCACUGUGGGCACUGGCAUGCGGGGUGCUAGUGCUUGUUGCGGUGCGUGCAGUGGUGUGGCUGUCAUCGAUGCCGCCCGUGGGCCAGCCUGCGGCGGCGGUACGUGCGCUCCCUGGUGCGCCUGUCCGCCACGCCGGUUGGAGCUCUCAGGCGGUGCCGCCGGACAGCGACGGGGUGUACGACGCGGUGGUGGUGGGCGGCGGGCCGGCCGGGCUCGCGGUCGGUGCCGCCCUGGCCCAGGCCGGGCUCUCGUAUGUGGUGGUGGAGAAGGAGGAGGCGGCCGGGACCAGCUGGCAGCGACACUACCAUCGGCUCUGCCUGCACUCGCUCAAGGGCGUCUCGCACCUGCCGUAUGUCCCCUUUCCGGACCACUGGCCACAGUUUGUGCCGCGCGAGGACUUUGCCCGCUAUCUGGCUGCCUAUCCGCUCCUGCUCAACCUCAACGUGCGAACGGGGACAGCCGUGGUGGCCAUUGCCGAUCGCCCCGAUGGCCGCCCGGGCUACGCUGUCCGCGUCCGCGGCGACGGAGGCGACGGCCCGGUUGACGAGCUCAUCGCUCGGCAUGUGGUUGUGGCGACCGGUGACAACGCCUCGCCGCGGAUCCCGCACUUUCCGGGCGCCAGCUCGUUUGGUGGCACCCUCAUCCACUCGUCCGAGUACGUGUCGGGCGAGGCCUUCCGUGGCGCGCGGGCGCUCGUUGUCGGCUUUGGUAACUCGGGCUCCGAAAUUUGCCUUGAUCUGUACGAGCGCGGUGCGGCUCUGGUUGCUACCGUCAUCCGAUCGCCGCUCAACGUCCUCUCGCGCAACCGAACCAUGUAUCUCGAGCCGCUGUUGGGCCUUGUCCGUGCGCUGUUCUUCAACGCGCCGCAGGCUCUUGACGCUCUUGCGCCGCCGGCCAGGCCGUUCCUCUUCACCUCGCUCGCCUCGCGCGGCGUCACCGCUCCGCAUCCGGACGUCGGGCUGUUUGAGAACCUGCGCCGGCGACACAAGGCGCCGGUAGUGGACAUCGGCCAGUUUGCACUCGUCGCCUCGGGCGACAUCGCGGUCCACCGCGCGAUCGACGCAAUCACGCCCACAGGCGCCAUCGUCGAUGGCGGGACCGAGCUUCAGCUCGACGUCAUUAUCCUUGCCACUGGUUACAACCGCGCACUUGACACACUCCUCCCGCAGCACGUACUUGACGAUGUGUACGACGAGCACGGCGGCAUCGCCGUGUCUGGCAAGCCCGUCCCCGGCCACGAGCGGCUGUACUUUUGCGGCUUUGACGACUUUCUCGGCCGCCUCUUCCAGAUCCGGCUCGAGGCAUUGGCCAUUGCUGCCUCGAUUCAGGCUCAGUGCAGCCAGGUGUAGCCAAUCGCCCUACAUGAAGUCGCCA